AUGGCCGGCCGGCUGGAGCCGUUCAAGCAAGCCCAGGACUAUCUUCCCCGGCUCAAGGCGGUGUUCUUCGGGCGGUGGGACGAAGACAAGGGCUGCGAGAUCACCUACCAGGUGCCCGAGAACUCCAUCAGGGUCGCCUCAACCGCACCCACCAACCCAUCCGGCAGCACCAGCGACCUCCGCGAGCCCACCCUCAGCAUCACCCUCGAUCCCCACCCGCAGACCCUCCAGCACGGGCCAGCCGACUGCCCUCCAGGCCAGCACGACCACCCCAAGUACCUCUUCGAAUUCACCCAUGUCAUCGACUUCAUCCUCCCCAAGAAACAUCUGUGUGGCCAUCUGGUCACCGUCUCCUCCGGAUCCGUCAAGAUCCUCGGCUUCCCAACGCUGAUCGAAGACGAAGAGAAAUACGAGCGCAACUUCUUCAUGUUCAAUCUGUGCUUCGUCUUCGACAAGGAUUCCGAACUGCUAGGGUACGAGCCCAUCGUCAGAAAGACCGGCAGAGUCUUGAGAUCGCUUGAGGAGAAAAACUCACUGCUGUCCGCGCCCAGUAAUUCGAGGUUCGAGAUCAAGUCGAUCUUGGAAGAAUUAUUUGAAGAGCUGAAUUCGUUUUCCGAGGUUUCUAUUUCACUGAACCAUCAAUAUCCCACACCAGCCCCAGUUUCAGGCACAUCGCCCUCACCCUCAUCCGCAUCCUCGUCUCCCUCGAGAAAACGCCGACAAGCAGACCGUCGACUGCAGCCUUCGCACGAGCAACAUCCUCAUCCAGAUCCAGUGGUCUCCUCUACAUCGGCAUUGUUCUUGCUGAACUUGAAGCUGUUCCCGUUCUACGGGAAUCCUCCGAAAGUCGAAGACUGGAACGUGCCCAUCAGCUUGGUCUCGUUCCUCAAAUUGAGAUCUGAAGUCACCUGGGAUCUAACCAUGUUCAAAUUGGUUCCUUUUAUCGAUGGCACCGCAACCGUUCGGAAGAUUUCGAGGUUAGCAGAUGUUGAUAUCCAUCUGACACGAGAGUGUAUCCAACAUCUAGUGUUUUUUGGGUGUUGUAUGAUCACCGAUCCAUUCAGGUUUUCGAAUUCAUACAAGUUGAUCGGAGGCACGAUGUUCGAUCUCUUAGGGGAUUCGAACGAUUUCGAGUCGAUCAAGCUUCAAGAAGAGCUGAAGGACUACAUACUUACUGACCCGGCCGCCAGUCCAUCCGACCCACCCCCACCGGAACCACCCAAAGAGAGUAAUUGGACCGACGGGGGCCGCCCAGAUAAUGGUCACGCCGAGCGCGCAGAUCGGUCCGAUAAUCAGUUUCAUAGCUCACGUUAUUCAGUCGAUCACAAUGACGAUGUCGAUGAAUUAUUCCUGUUCAAUCGUGAUCAUCACCAUCAUCCUCAUCAUUCUUCAUCUCAUUCAAUCUCAAACCUCCUCAACCUUUACAACGAAUUCAAAUCGGGAAUUACUGUUCACGAUUGGAUGGAACAAAAUCAAGUGCAUGAGUUGAAUAUCGAUGUCAGACGGUUCAUCAGUUUUGGGACCAUCAAAGGCUUUCUCAAAAGGGUUAAUUGCUAUCCGAUCUGGGCGCUUCAUCCCGACCUUAGUCAUCCGCAACAAGCGGCCAAGAGCACGGCAGAUCAAGAUGAUGAACAGCACCAGGCUCCCGAGCUCCGCUUAGCCCCAUUGACUCGUUCCCAUUCGUUUACUCGCGGAGGACGCCACCGGCACCCCUCCUAUCGCCUCAGCUCUUCGAACACCCGCCAGCCGGCCUGGCUGGCCGUCCUCAAGCGGCUCAACCACCCCCACCCGCUCCUCUCCCCGCCCGGCACUCUGUCCCACGAGCAGCAAUACUUCGACUCCAGCCAUCCCGGCCCUCACCAUCCAGACGAGGCGAAGAAAGCCCCGCGCAAGAAAACCCUCUCGGCCCGCAAACCAAGUCUCGUCUUCGACCCUCAUCAUCCCCAUCAGCAGCAGCAGUCCCAUCCAGUCCGACAGAACAGCUCCUCCCUCCUCCACCACCACCUCUCCGUCGCCGUACAGGUCCCUAAAGACUUGCCCCUCAUGCUCAACGGCAACCAUCACCUCGACGAGCUCUGUGUCGAGUUCAAGAUCAGCUUGGUCCAGCUCGAACAGAUCCUCCGAUACAUCGACACCCUCUCCCUUGAGGAAAUCACCCUCUCCCCUCAGGCUUCCUCUGCCGCCUUCACCCCCUCUUCCGCCAUGCAAACCAUCUAUUACUAA